GUUUGGUACCAAAUGCGCCGGCUGCUCCCAAGGGAUCUCUCCCAGCGACCUCGUCCGGAAAGCCCGGAAUAAAGUCUUUCACCUGAACUGUUUCACCUGCAUGGUCUGCAACAAGCAGCUGUCCACGGGCGAGGAACUCUAUAUCAUCGACGAAAACAAAUUUGUUUGCAAAGAGGAUUAUUUGAACUCUCCCAGUUUGAAGGAAGGCAGCCUCAACUCAGUGUCCUCAUGUACAGACAGGAGUUUGUCCCCGGAUCUCCAGGACCCCAUGCAGGACGACACCAAGGAAACGGACAACUCGACCUCCUCGGACAAGGAGACCACCAACAACGAGAACGAGGAGCAGAACUCGGGCACCAAGCGGAGGGGGCCCCGCACCACCAUUAAAGCCAAGCAGCUGGAGACCCUCAAAGCUGCUUUCGCCGCCACCCCCAAACCCACUCGCCACAUCCGGGAGCAGCUGGCCCAGGAGACCGGCCUCAACAUGAGAGUCAUCCAGGUGUGGUUCCAGAACCGGCGGUCGAAGGAGCGGCGGAUGAAGCAGCUGAGCGCGCUGGGCGCCCGCCGGCACGCGUUCUUCCGCAGCCCGCGCAGGAUGCGGCCCCUCGGCGGCCGCCUCGACGAGUCCGAGAUGCUCGGCUCCACGCCCUACACGUACUACGGAGAUUACCAAGGUGACUACUACGGGCCGGGAGGCAACUAUGACUUUUUCCCCCACGGGCCGCCCUCCCAAGCCCAGUCCCCGGCCGACUCCAGCUACCUUCAGAACUCAGGACCCGGCUCCACACCCCUGGGACCCUUGGAGCCCCCCCUAAGCGGACACCACUCCUCAGAAAACCAAAGGUACACGGAUAUGAUCUCGCACCCCGACACCCCCAGCCCCGAGCCGGGGAUGACGGGCUCGCUGCACCCCAUCCCGGGGGAGGUGUUCAGCGGGGGGCCCAGCCCGCCCUUCUCCAUGUCCAGCAAUAGCGGCUACAGCGGGGCUCUGUCGCACCCCAACCCGGAGCUCAGCGAGGCGGCGGUGUGGUAGGCCCGGCCCGGGCACGCGUGUGCGUGUGCGCAGGGGGAAACC